AUGGCAUCCCGAGAAGAAGCCCUCAGGCUCUGCAUCAGCCUCGCCCGCGAAGCCCUUGAAGCCGGCGACGCCCCCUUCGGCUCCGUCCUGGUCGACGCCAACGGCACCAUCAUCCACCAAGACCGCAACCGCACCGUCACAGGAGAAGCCGGAAACCUCCAGGCCGAUGCGACGCUGCAUCCCGAACUGACGCUUGCUCGAUGGGCGCAUCUCAAUAUGACGCCCGAGGCGCGCGCAUCCGCCGUCGUGUACACGUCGGGCGAGCACUGCGCCAUGUGCGCAGCGGCUCAUGCGUAUGUCGGGCUGGGCCGGAUCGUGUACAUUUCCUCCACGGCGCAGUACCAGAGCUGGAUGGAGGAGGCGAAUGUCGAAAAGGGGCCCGUGGCGGCGCUUCCGAUCAAUGCCGUUGCGCCGCACAUUGAGGUUGAAGGACCGGUUCCGGGCCUGGAUCUGGAGGUCAAGGCGCUGCAUCAGCAGAGGUGGCAGCGACGGAAGCUGAUGGCGGAGUCAACGGCCAUCAAGGCUUGA